UCUUUCCUUUUAAUCAACAUAGAAGACAACCGCUGUACCGCUCCAAUAUUAAAGCUGUAUGCAUUAUGUCCCAGAGGUCGUCUGCUAUUUUGUACACCGCUUCAUUUUUCAUAAUUGUAUUAAAUGAAAUGUUGUACGCAUUCUCUGAGACUUUUGUGAUAGGAUCGUCAACUAAUAGAUUAAGAGGAACUGAAUGAAACGGCAAUGCGUAAUCACAUCACAAUGCUAUCUAACAAAACAGUUCAUUGUAUCUGUAGGAACAAAAGGUUAUCAAGGAUGGAAUUGAAAGAAAAGAUGUUUGUUUAUCACCAGGGAAAAAGGAAAGAAAGACGUAUUACGUAUUGACAUCAUAUGAUUUCGUUGCAACAAAGCAUGUAAUCUAGUAUAUUUUAUUUUCUCUAAUAAUGUAACAUAAUCAUCACAUUUAACUCUUUCUAAUUUAAUCGUUCAUUCUUCAUUCACAAUCCCUGGAAUAUGUUUCGGUUUUAAUGUAUCUCGAAUUAUGUUUUGUACAACAAUGGUUUUGAAAAUGCAAUUGGUUCUCCUAAGCUUAUUUGUAACUUCUUUUUAUGUUCCCAGUUUGGCAGAAGUUACUUUAAAUACUUUUGGGAGUGAAGAUAAAAUUUCGCGACACUAUGAUUUAAUUGAGCUUGUAAAUAACAUUGAAAAAAGCAUUUAUCAGUCAUCAUUACUAAACGAUCCGAGCAAUGAAAUUUCUGUUUCAAAUAAUUUAUUUGAAAACGGCUUUGAUGAUAUUGAAAACAUUUUAAAGGAAAUUUUUGUUGCUGAAAGUGCUUUUACCAAAUGUUUUUUUGACCUUUUGUAUACUGAACAGAGUUUGAAGAACCUUUCCAGUAAUCCAUGGGUGUUGAAAUUGAUUGACUCUUAUGGAAAGCCUGGAAGUGGAAUCACUAUUGGAAAUACCAAAUGGUAUGGAAACUAUUUACAGUGCCUUGAUGUUUAUGCCCCUCCUGAUGCCACUGGGCUUAUGGGAAAUUUCAACGGAAAAUAUUGUUUAACUAAUUGGGCUAUAAAUUUUCCGACUAUGAAUUUAUCCUUAACUAUUGGUGCAUGCGUUCCUGCUUCAUGUUCUCCUUCUGAGUUAUCCAAAGAAUUUAUCACACUGUUGCAAUAUGCAAAAUCCAUUCCUUAUUUCAAUCCAAACACAACAUCUGUGAACAUAACUUCUGUUGUCUGUAAGGAAAAUUCAAAACCCUUAACUGCAGCUGCUAUUGGAGUCAUAUGCUUGAUCUCAUUUUUUGUUCUGUUGGUGGUGCUUGGAAGUUUAGUCACCAUUUAUGAAUACUUCUUUGCCAAAGAAGAAACGCUUCAAGAUUCCAUAAUUAUUGAACAUGACACAAAAUCGAAAGAAAUCAAUAAUGGAAGUACUAUAUCUGGUGAUUAUGAUUCUGAUGUGGAUUUGAUUUUUAGGCUACACUCCAAGAACAAUUCAUAUUCUGAAUUUAUGGAAAAACUCAAGCCUUUUUUUAAGUGCUUUUGCAUUUUCACAAAUGGUUCAAAGCUGUUUGAUACUAGUGGUACAGAAGGACAAUUGCUAUGUAUUCAUGGCAUAAGAUUCUUCAGCAUGUCUUGGGUUAUUCUUUGUCACACAUAUGCAUUUUCUGCUUCAGUUUUGGGCAAUCCUCUUCAAGCUGCUGAGCAAACUGACAACUUAGCAUUUCAAGUAGUGUAUCAAGGAUUCUACUCAGUUGAUUCAUUUUUUGUUCUCAGCCCUUUUUUAUUCACCAAAGAAUUACUCUCUGUUUUAGUGAUUGACUCUUAUGGAAAGCCUGGAAGUGGAAUCACUAUUGGAAAUACCAAAUGGUAUGGAAACUAUUUACAGUGCCUUGAUGUUUAUGCCCCUCCUGAUGCCACUGGGCUCAUGGGAAAUUUCAAUGGAAAAUAUUGUUUAACUAAUUGGGCUAUAAAUUUUCCAACUAUGAAUUUAUCCUUAACUAUUGGUGCAUGCGUUCCUGCUUCCUGUUCUCCUUCUGAGCUAUCCAAAGAAUUUAUCACACUGUUGAAAUAUGCAAAAUCCAUUCCUUAUUUCAAUCCAAACACAACAUCUGUGAACAUAACUUCUGUUGUCUGUAAGGAAAAUUCAAAACCCUUAACUGCAGCUGCUAUUGGAGUCAUAUGCUUGAUCUCAUUUUUUGUUCUGUUGGUGGUGCUUGGAAGUUUAGUCACCAUUUAUGAAUACUUCUUUGCCAAAGAAGAAACGCUUCAAGAUUCCAUAAUUAUUGAACAUGACACAAAAUCGAAAGAAAUCAAUAAUGGAAGUACUAUAUCUGGUGAUUAUGAUUCUGAUGUGGAUUUGAUUUUUAGGCAACACUCCAAGAACAGUUCAUAUUCUGAAUUUAUGGAAAAACUCAAGCCUUUUCUUAAGUGCUUUUGCAUUUUCACAAAUGGUUCAAAGCUGUUUGACACUAGUGGUACAGAAGGACAAUUGCUAUGUAUUCAUGGCAUAAGAUUCUUCAGCAUGUCUUGGGUUAUUCUUUGUCACACAUAUGCAUUUUCUGCUUCAGUUUUGGGCAAUCCUCUUCAAGCUGCUGAGCAAACUGACAACUUAGCAUUUCAAGUAGUGUAUCAAGGAUUCUACUCAGUUGAUUCAUUUUUUGUUCUCAGUGGAUUUUUGCUUACGUAUCUCUUUUUGAAAGAAUAUUCCAAAAAUGAUGGGAAAAUGUCAGCAAUGUCUUGGCUUUACUUUUAUGUCCAUCGAUAUUUAAGGCUGACACCUGUAUACAUGGUGGUUCUUGGGAUCACUAGUACAAUAUAUCUUUACAUGGGUUCUGGUCCUAACUGGACUGACAACACUAUUGAUCCUGUUUGCAAGGAUUAUUGGUGGGCGAAUUUGCUGUAUAUAAAUAAUUUCUUUGGCUCAGCUCAUCAGUGCAUGGCAUGGUCUUGGUACUUGGCUAAUGAUAUGCAGUUCUUUGUUAUUAGUCCUCUUUUCUUAGUUACCUUGUGGAGAUGGCCAAAAAUAGGAUUUUCUCUGGUGGCAUUAUUUUUAUUUGGUUCUGCAGCUGCUAAUUUCACCAUCACAUACCAUUAUGAUUUAAUUGCUGCAAUAAAUAGUGAUUCAGUAGCAAAUUUGAUACUUACAUUGGGAAAGUUUUCUGACUACUUCGAGAAAUUGUAUAUUAAGCCUUAUACUAGAAUUGGUCCGUAUCUGAUUGGUAUACUUACCGGCUAUUUAUUAUUUAAAGCAAAAGCCAGUAAUAGGCCCAAAAUGAGUACAAUUGCUCUGUCAGUGGGGUGGUUUGUCGCAUCUGCUGUUACUUUAACUUGUGUUUAUGGUUUGUACCAUAAUACUCCAUCAACUUUAGGCAACAGCUUUUUCAAUGCUUUGAAUCGUUCUGUUUAUGGAGCUGGACUUUGUUGGGUGAUCUAUGUUUGUCUAACAGAUCAAGGAGGAUUUAUCAAUAAGCUUUUAUCAUACAAACUGUUCAUUCCUUUGAGUCGGUUAACUUAUACAGCAUAUCUCAUUCAUCCACUCUUUAUAACUGGUUAUCUAACAUCCACGAAAGACGUCCUUAUUUUUUCUCAUCCUACAAUGGUUAUUCUAUUCUUGGGUUUCCUUUUGCUGACAUAUGGAUUUUCAAUAUUAGUAUCAUUGACAUUUGAAUCUCCGAUUAUUGGCUUAGAGAAACUAAUACGUAAAAAAGUGAAUUCCAAAGAAAGGACCUAAAUGAGGAAGCACAUGCCAAUUCACUCAUCAAUCUGUCAGAUCCUAUUGUCAUCUUUUUGUGUCAUAUGUAAUUUAUAUUUACUAGUCUAUGAAAUAUUCCUGUUUUUUAUAGCUAAUGCUGUACCAAAUGUGAUUUUUAUACUAGUUUUUAAAUUAUUAUUUUUUAUUUGAAGAUAUUUCCUGAAUAAACAGUUUUUAC